AUGUGGUCUCGCUGCCUGCCCAGUGGUGCCAGUCCCCAGGUCUGUCCCCAGGUCCUGGCGUGUAAGCGCUUCAACCUCCUGCCUCCCCAGGGACACACCCAGGACACGAACUCCUUCUUCAUGUGCAAGAAGCUGCGCUCGCUGGGGGUGAAGGUGGAGCGGAUCUCGGUGGUCCCCGAUGACGUGGAUGCCAUUGCAGGCGAGAUCACCUCCUUUGCCGCCAGGUUCACCUACGUCCUGACCUCAGGGGGCAUCGGUCCCACCCACGAUGAUGUCACCUUUGAGGCAGUGGCCCAGGCCUUUGGGGAGCGGGUCGUCCCCCACCCGCAGCUGGUGGCCCUGGUGCACAAGUUUUUUGGCAAGACUGACCCAGAGUGCCCUGAGAUGAAGCUGGCUUGUGUGCCCGAAUCCUCGCGACUCAACUAUGGCAUGGAUCAGCGCACGGGUGCUGCUGCCAAAUACCCACUGGUCAGCGUGCGCAACGUCUACCUCUUUCCAGGCAUCCCAGCACUGAUGGAACGGGCGCUGGAGGGGCUCAAUCACCUCUUCUGCAAUGAGCAAACCCGCUUCUACUCUCGGGAGAUCUAUGUGGGGGCCGACGAGACCUGCAUUGCAGCCGUGCUCAGCCAGGCGCAGGCCAGCUUCGGGAGUCUCACUAGCUUGGGCUCCUACCCAGACUGGGCCAGCAAUUACUACCGUGUGAAGCUGACCCUGGACUCGGAGUCGGAGCAGCACCUGGAAGAAGCCUACCGCUUCCUGAUGGAGCGGCUGCCCGCAGGCACCGUGGUGCCCCUGGUCACGGACCCUGUGGCACAGGCGGCCGUGGUGGUGUAUGCUCUGGCUGAGUCAGGUUCUGCUCUGGGCCAGAAGGUGGCGGCAGCACUGCGGACCAUUGAGGAGGCCCUGGACCGCUUUGGCCUGGACAGGGUCUGCGCUGGCUUCAAUGGGGGCAAGGACUGCACGGCCCUGCUGCACCUGUUCCAUGCUGCCACGCAGAGGCGAUACCCAGGGCUUGUGAAGCAGCUGCAGGUUCUCUACAUCCGCAUCCCAUCCCCCUUCCCUGAGAUGGAGCAGUUCAUCCAGGCCACCACCCACAGGUACAACCUCCGGCUACAUGUGCUGCAGGGCGACAUCCAGCAGGCCCUGGCCAAGCUGCGGGUGCAGCACCCUGAGCUGGAGGCUGUGCUGAUGGGCACGCGCCGAACUGACCCCUACUCCUGCACGCUGAUGCCCAUGUGCAUGACUGACCCUGGCUGGCCCCCAUACAUGCGAGUGAACCCCCUGCUGGACUGGACGUACCGGGACAUCUGGGAGUUCCUGCGCACACUCUUCAUCCCCUACUGCAUCCUCUACGACAAGGGCUACACCUCCCUGGGGAGCAUGAGCAACACGCAGAAGAACCCGGCGCUGCGCUUCACCAAUGCCCUGGGCAGGGAGAGCUACCGCCCAGCCUACCUGCUGGAGAACGAGGAGGAUGAGCGCACCUCCCGCCAGUGACAGGCACAGGUGCUGGGCCCCCCGCCUCUGCUGUGCGCUGGCCCCUUGGGGCAUGGCCUUAUCCUGGCACUGCAGCUGCUGCCCCAUCCAGGCCCUGCAGGGAGCAGGAGCAUGUCCCCGGCGCAGGGCAGGGUGCACAGUCCCCUGUGGCACUGGCUUCAGGUGCCCCAGGUGCUGUCCCUGGGCAGAAGGGUUGAGCCAGCAGAUGCGAAGAAACCUGCUUCUCUCAACCUACACCAGCCCCAGCUCCCCCAGGUGGAAGGGGACAGAGUCUGACUCUCCUGGGAGCCAGAGGCAGGAUGCCUGGGCCAGGCCCACUUGGCUCCAGCCCCACGCAGCAAGUGUGGGCUGCCUGGGGGUGACCGCAGCUGCCCUGGCACCUGCCCUGCCCCCGCUCAGCAGUGGCACCCCUCCCCCACAGGGCUGGUUGUUGCCCGUUAAGCUGUGGAGAAUGUGGCUGCAGCUUCCAGCACUUGCGCUGAGCCGCACUGGCUGUCACGUGCCUGCCAGUGACAGACACGGCUGAUCACUGGCCAUGCACCUCCUGGAGCGCCUCCUGGCCCCAGGGCCCUGGCCCCUCCUGGUGCAGCCGGGCCCCUACCGCCUGUGGCGGUCGGCUCGGGCUGUGGCACUGCCAGGGCCCCCCACCAAGAGCUUUGUGGGCCUCCCCCUGGGCAGCUGGUUGCUGCGCCUGCUGCGCCAGUGCGUCUACGCCCUGCUGUGUUGCUGGUGCAUCCAUGAGCUGCUGGACUAGGCCCUAUGUGCUGUCCCCGCGCCCUGGCUUUUGGACCUGGAGCUGAGGCCUAGCUCUAUCCCACAUUUGGGGGGGACCUGAGCCUAGAGCAGGAAGCCUGGCGUGGACCCCCAGCGCCGCAGUGUCCCAACGGGGUGGAAGGACCUGGCGUGCGGCCCCAGCUCCCCAAUAAAGAGCCCUGACUG